CUACCUCCAUACACACGGUGCUUCGGCACUACAAUUGGUAUCUACGCCUCUUUCUUGGGGGCCCGCUAUUGGGUCCGACGCUUCCGCUUCUGAAGUCGCAAUUUUGCGAUUCUCCCAGCCUGCCUAUGGCGCUGCACGGCCACGAGGACGAGGAGCUGCUUGACUACGACGAGGACGACUUCAAGACGGCCGGAGAACCGUCCUCGGAGCCUCUGGCUGUUGACGUCAACGGUGAUACUGAAAUCGCCGACGUCAAGGAGGAGGAGCACGCCGCUGCUGGGCCCUCCACCUCGUCCGUCGUGCUCAGCUGCCGUUGCUACCACUGCGGCCAGCCCGUCAGCGUCGCUCUGAUCGCUGCUGAGCCCGCUGCGACUACUGGAGGCAAUAAUGGUGCUGCUGGAGGCUCUGAUGGACGCGUGGCGACUGGAAGCCGCGAGCUUGCUGCUGGCGCUGCGCCGCAGCCGGCUGCCGACCUGAACGGCGCUGCGUCCCCUCCGGCCACUGAUGACGCCGGCAUGGAGACGGAGGAGGAGGACAACCGCCCUACCCCUGCACCCAAGCGCCAGAAGCGCGCUGACGGCUCUGGUCCGUCGGCCGCUGUAACCGAGAUCGCGGAUGGCUCUCUGCCGUGCCCGCCGCGCACGUCGGACGAGACCAAGUUCGGCGUGUCCGAGGCUAUCCUCAAGGCUCGCAAGGUGGAUGGUCUCUGCUUUGUCUGCGGCAAGUCUGGCCACUCCGUCAAGGCCCACGUGGGGCAUGACAACUGGCAGACGGUAGUCCGGAAGGGUGGUCAGGGGGGCCGUGGCCGCGGUCGCGGCGGUGGUCAGGGCGGUGGGCGCGGCAACAAGGGGGGCCGCGGCGGCGCCGCCGGCAAGGCGGGUGGCCGCAAGUAGGGGGUUGCCCAGGGGAUUUGCGAGGAUGAUCCUGGGUGCGCACUUCUGAUGCGUUCUUUGCCCUACACCACUCUGAAGAACACUCGAGCUUUGCUACCUGCUGCAGUGAAGCGUAUCGAAGGCGCUGUUGGGCGCGAGCUGACGUUUGACGGUCGCCUGCGGCGUGCUGGCUUCGGUGCUGAGUGUAAUCUUUACGAGUUGCCUCUGGAGGUUCCAAUCUCGUCUCUGGGGUUGGGUGGGCAUACUACGCUGUUUGUUCCCUCGCGCUUUUCUGAGCUGACAUCGCAGGUCUCCCGCUUCAAGGCCUGUCAGGCGCGGCGGCCAGCUGACACCGCCGGCGUCUUCGUCGUCCCGUCUUACAUGUCCAAGUCCAAGGCGUGUCAAGAUCUACUGCAAGGGAUGUCGAAAGCGGUGACGUUUGGGGUUGGGGAGUCGUUGUUUCAGGGGUUGGAUCUGCAGAAUCAUCCGGUGCAGCUGCCGGCGCUUAAGCAUAGCGUGACUGUUUGGUACGCACCGCCCCUGCCUGUUAGCAACGCACGUGCACCUCCUCAUGCCUCUUCGUUGUACUUGACCGUAAACUCUGCUGUGCCAUCUGCUGCCGCUUCAACCGCAGGGCCUUUGCCAAUCGUGCCUGCACGUGUCGGCGGCCUGCGUGUGUCUGUACUGGCUGAUACUGGAGCUAGUCACGACUUCGUGUCCAAGGCGCUUUGCGACCAGCUGGGACUCAAGUUGUUGAAGUCGGCGUACAUAGCCAAGGACCAGAUUAUAGUAAUGGAGCGCACUCUCUGACUUCAAUGUAUGCCAUAGUGGGAAUAUUCAAUGUCCCGUUACCUUUUUUUUCUUUUCUCUUUUGGCAUUAUGCCUUGCCGUUAUGGCCUUCCGCACUCCACGCAAAACUGUCGUCCCAAAGAGAGAAGGUCUGAAUGUGAAGCCUGGUCUUCGGUCGGGUGCUGACAACGAGGACGACGUAUUUGGGUAUUUUGAGAGCUAUGGUGUUUGUCAUGGGAUAAUUUAUAAUGUUGAACGCACGCACGCUGAUGCGGAUGCGGAUGUUAUCUUGCGACUUCUACUUGCUCCACACCAAGGAAAGGCGUUGACUGUCCAGCUGAAGUCUGGGAGCGGUCGCGCUGUCAAUGUUCCAAUCAAAACCUCUAACGUUUUUCAAGGUCUUAUCGGCGGGCUUGCUUCGCUAGCAUUAUCCGAUGAUCUAUACUUGGAGAUAUUUGAGUCCGACGAAGCGCAUUGUUUUUGGAACCAUUCAGUCUCGCACAAAGCUGUGUAUCAAGACUUGAUGAAUCAUUACGGCGACGGCGGCGAACGCUGUUUUUUCUUGUUUAUCGUUACUUUUAAAACAACAAUGGUUACUUUGUUAUCGAUCCUGCAGAGGUGGUUGAGAACUUCAAGCUGACGAUGGGCAUCGAAACUAAACGUCUAUUUAUAUAUCAAUUGAGCAUGGCACGCAACUUUCAACUAAUAAUGCCCGAAAAACUGGGACCCAGCAACACGAUCACUGAUGAUAAUGUUCGAUUAGCUCUAUCAGAUGGCAUCUAUUUCUUUCCAACUCUUGACGUUGCCGACCGCAAGCUAAUUUACCCGCGCAUCAAGCGUGUUAUGGCAGAUAUAGACUAUGCGAAUUUCUUAACGGCACAGAAGCGCCUCAAAGGCACCAACGUGGCCGCGGUAGCAAGCUUUGGUGUCCACAAGAACAUGCACAUUGAAUCCACGAGUAAAAUAUACAAGUACUUGGAGGUCUUAGGCAGUAAGUUUAAUUUUGGCGUCAACCAUGUCCGGCACGACCCGCGUCUCUUUCAUCACGCUGAGCUGACGCGGGCGAAUGGCACUGGGAUUCGGGUGUACAUAUGCAGGGCCCACGACACCCACACCAGGAAUUUUUUUGCAGUUUUCUGUCAAGACACAACAAGGACACCACCACCACCCGGCUGUUGUAGGCGCUGCACACCUGUACCUUGUGGACAUCCCGGACAACGUGGCUGACACGAUGCCAGAAGUAAAAAGUAUCGGCAGUGACUUGGUUGCCCUUAUAACAACAAAUGACCUGGUGUCUCUGGGAGCAAGCACGACGGCUGGGCGCAAGGGCACAGGCACAUACUACAUCGACAGCACAACUCUACACACUGAGGGUAUUGUCUUGGGUCCACGUGGAGCCAAACGCUUGGCAACUUCAUGCAUCAAAAGUUGGCGAGAGUCAAAUCUGGACAUCAUCUGGUCACUCAUAGAGCCUCUGUUUCAAGCUGAUCCAGGUCCUUCUGGGGCAGGGCCGUCUGGGGCGGGUCAAGCUGGUGCAGAUGAGGAGGAGGAGGGUGAGGAGGAGGGUGGGCUAGCGGAGGAGGAGGGUGAGGAGGAGGGUGAGCUGGACGAGGAGGGUGGGUUGGAGGAGGAGGGUGGGCUGGAGGAGGAGGGUGGGCUGGAGGAGGAGGAGGAGGAGGAGGAGGAGGAGGAGGAGGAGGAGGAUGAGGAGGAGGAGGAGGAGGAGGAGGAGGAGGGGCAGCAGGUAAGGGUGAGCAGUGACUACACACGAAGGGCGCGCCAGUUGUUGGAGAGGCUGGCAAACGUGGGGUCUGGCAUGUAAAGGACUAACCAA